UAACAUUCAGUUGCUGGUGUGCAUCUACCGUGGCUGGUCACGCAUGCUGCGGUGCAUGGAAAAGAAAGUAUUCAGUCCCAGUUUCGUCGCUGUAUGACUCGCUUUGCCAUAACUGCGCUGAGUCAUCAAACACGGCAGUUUGCCAGAAAACGCAUUUGCUUUUGCUCUUGGUUGUGCUGAAUAGUGUAUGUGCCAGUUAGUGUCGUGUGGCUGUAUUUGAUUCGGAUUAAACCAACUUCGUCUGGAAACAAAACAAAAAAUUAAAAAGAAAAAAAAGAAAAUAAGAAGGAAAGCAUAAACACAAAAUAAAAUAAAUUUAAUAACGCAUACAUUCAAUGUUAAAACCAUAUCGAACGGCCUGUGACUGGCCAGUUACGAUCAAAGGAUGAGGAGCCGCACCGGGUCAUCCAACGGCCCUGGUGGCACUGCAUCCUCCUCUUCUACAUCCGGUACCAGUGUUGGGAUUAACGUUAGUACAUCAACGAUGGAACGAAACGGAGGAGGCAGUGGAGGUGUUGGGAUAGGUGGUGGCGGGGGCGGCGGUGGCCGUUCCCGGCUUCACCACAAGCGGCGGCCGGGCCACCGGCGUAACACCCAACACAGCGUGGCUACCGUUGAGCCGAUCUGCGACAUGCGAAAAGUGGUCAACGGCGUCGUUACCGUCGAUCAGGAUAAAUUGAACAAACUCGUCCAGACGGACCCCAUCGACAUGCACUACACCGUCGAGGAAGAACCGUUCGCCAGUGGCUUAUUUGCUACUGUCCGGAAAUGUCGGCAUCGUACCACUGGUGUAGAGUACGCGGCGAAAUACGCAGCCAAGAUGCGCUACGGCCAAGAUUGCACAACGGAAAUCUUGCACGAGAUCGCUCUCAUGUCCCUCUGCACCACCAAUCCGCGCAUCAUCCACUUGAUCGACGUCUUCGACACGCCUACACACAUGAUCCUCGUCAUGGAAUAUGCUCCUGGUGGUGACCUUCAGACGCUCAUGGACGACGACAUGGUGCCUUAUGAACGAGACGCCGUCAAGUUUGUCCGCCAAGUCUUGGAGGGAAUCCUUUUCCUCCACGAACGAAACAUGGCUCACUUGGAUAUCAAGUUGCAAAACGUAUUGCUCAUGGGCACUUUUCCAGACUGCGACGUCAAACUAUGUGAUCUGGAGAUCUCCAGGGUUAUCGUCGCCGGACAAGAAGUUCGUGAAUUACUGGGCACCCCCGACUAUGUUUCACCGGAAAUUUUGCAUUACGAGCCUAUCAACUUGUCGGCUGAUAUCUGGUCUGUGGGAGUGAUGGCGUAUGUUUUGCUGACGGGCUUCACACCUUUCGGCGGUGAUACCGAUCAGGAGACGUUCCAAAACAUCUGUCACGGGCAGCUGGAUUUCCCUGACGAGCUUUUCGAAGACAUUUCCCCCCAGGCCGAGGAUUUUAUUCGCAAAACAUUAUCCAGAGAACCGAGCUGUCGGCCUACAGUGAAAGAAUGUCUAAAGCAUCCGUGGUUGACUUCGUGGAAAAACGUAGCAAGUCAUCAAAGGGAGACCAUUUCGUCGGAGAGUCAACGGAAAAAUUCAGCGCUUCACAAUGGUCCUUCAGGUGCUGCGACAUUAGCGUGUCCCCGUUCGGCCACCUCAAUUAACGGACACGGGUCGUCACCGUCGACAACUGCGCGUUCGCUGCUACGCGCCAUGUCGAAGUCGCGUGAGGUCCUUUAUGAAAGGGUGGCCGCCUCCAACUUGCGCAAGAGCACGUCGAAAUCGCGCGAGCGCCUCUGCGAGAUGCGCUUAAGUGUAUCGCGAUCGCGCGACCAUCUUUGCGAAGAAUUCAGAUCGACUGCAGCCCAAUCCAGGGAGCGCCUUCAUGCUUUGCGCAACCUCUCAAAGUCACACGAGGUUCUUAGCCUCCUAACCGUGCAAAGUCCUGCCAUGCCCGUGCAAGAUUCUUCAGGCUACUUUGACAUUCUGCCGGCAACGCAGUCGCUCGAGUGUUUCACAAUUCCAACUCUGGAUAAGGACGAACUUCCAAGAAUUCUGCCAACUCUUGGCACGCUUUCUACCGAGCUUACGUCACCAGCAGAAGGGAUCACGGUAGAGGAGAUUCUAGAAUUAAACAAAGUUCUGUCGGAGAGCACCGAAACGUUGUGCGACGAAAGAGAGAAAACGAUCACGGCCGAUUUCGUCGAUGAAAUCACACCGUCCAAUUCCCGUUCAGAGACCCCAACGCAAGAGCUCAAUUCGGCCACCCAUAAAGCUGAUGCCGAUGCUGCUGUGUCCGACGCACCGGCCAGCUGUAACGAAACGACGACGAAUGACACUUGUGACACUAUCCAGCCACAGGAAGAAGUGAAACAUGAGCCUGUGCUUAGUCGCGCGGACGCGGUGGCGUCAUCGUUGAAGCGACUCAGCUCAAAUGGCCCACCUGUCCCAAAAAUAACGUCGCUCACCGAAGCUCUGUCGCCAUCUUUAGGUAAAUCUCCGUGGAAUUGGCCCACGUCAAAUGCCAACACGGCAGACGGAAACACUUCGUCAGCGGCUAGUAAAUCUCCUGUCAGUCCCAAUAUCAUUGCGGGUUAUUCCGCACGUAAAAAUUUUGCAUUUCCUUCUUCCUUCAGUCUUAAAGACCAACCCACUUCUACUAGUCCUUUGCCAACCGAUGAAUCUGCGACGACGGCACUUGGGUCUGAUACGGCCCCCGCUCUGCUUUCCCCUCCAAACCCGUCACCAGCAGUUAUAAAACCCACUGACUCACCCACGCCUGCUAGGAUGAGUGUGACAUCCAUUGAUACCGCUUCGCUGUCCGACAGCCAACGCCAACUGCUCACGUCAUGUCUGAACCGAAGACGAGCCUCUUGGGCAUGCGGAUCGAGGCAAGAAGACGUUUCUUCUAUCAUUAGCCCUUCGACCACAGGCAAACAACCCGAGAUCAAGCUAUCAGUUAGCGAGUUAAUCACAAGUUUCAACCAAUGUCAACUACCUGGCGUCACCGUGAAUGCCACAGCCAAAGCUGUCGCCGAACCGGCUGUGCCUAGACCUAACAGCGUGAAGAAAUUGUCGGAAGGCUUCAUUCAUCACCAGGAAUCGACUGCGCCGCCUUCCGGGCCGGUUUCUACCGGCAAGCUUGAGAAGAAAAAAACCGUUUUCAAGCCUGUGUCGACAUCUAUUCAGGUUUUCGAAAGAAGCCUAGUGUCAGGGAUGGCGGCAGUUCCAACCAGUUCGCCGUUGGCACCUACUACCCAAGGAAUUCAACGGAAUGCUGAAGUUACCAUGCGGCCCAAGUCGCAUCACUUGUCGUGGGACAUUCGGGCUCUUCCGCGUUUACCAGAAGACGCCAUUUGCAGUCCUCGAAACGAGGAACCGACUCCAUUAGGAGCACCGGAAGGCGGGAUGACUAAAAGAUCUGAGGAUAAAACAGUGGAGGAGCAGAAGGAGAAAACAAUAACUGCGCCAGAAGUGGAGGAGGAUUAUGGACUAAGAUCUGGGUCCGUCUCUAGUGAUACGGGCUGCAGUUCGAGUAGCGACCUGAGUGAUCGGUCCAGUGAUGAAGGCCUCGAAGCAACGCGCGAGCCGCGGCGCAAGAAAACAGCGGGUGCCCGUGAUUGUGGUAACGGAACUGAACCGGAAGCGGAUUUGAUCGAAGGAGCCCUGACCAGUCCACCAGUGAGCUGGACGGGACGGCCACGUUCUUUUAGCGUUCAGUCAGAGAUAUCCUUAUUGGCCCAGCCAUGGAAUCGCGUUUGCAUUGGAUCGGUGGCGCGCGCUUUUGAAAAGUUUGGGACGAAAGUCGAUGGUGACAAUGCUGGCACUAACCCGCCAUCAACAAGCAGCACAUAUAGGUCCCGACGCCAAUCAACACCCGGCCCGUUCAAAUGAGAAUCCCACAAAACGUCAUCCUAUUCUUAUUGGUUGUCAAGUCUUCUGUACCUUUCGCAACAUAUUUACAUUAAAACAAUUGAAAAAAAAAAUCAUUAUUAAGUGUGAAAAUGAAACUACCAGCUAAUGGCAUGUCUAACCCCACAACUUUCUCUCACAACCAACACAAGUCCCCACUAGUUUAGGAGUGGAUACCAGUGGCCUCUGACUAGUGUAUUUUCAAAUUUUUUUUUCUUCAUUUUUUUUUUAUUAUUAUUUUUAUUUUCCUCUUCCCACGUGACUGCCACUGGCUUGCUAAACCAGUUUUUGAAUGUCAAUGGUUAAAGUGUCGCGCGCACGUUUUUGUUGAUGGUUAUACACUUGUGAAUAGUUA